UGGGAUGAAGAUGCAUCAAUGGAGCAGAACAAGACCUGGAGGCUUGGUUACAGGGCCCGCUUAGACGUACCAAUGGCCCCGCAUUAUUCCUUCCUCCCACUCAUUAGUUAGGGGAGACUCACUGCUCGCCCGCUGCAAACCAGUACUCUUUCCCCUCCACUUUGCAGGGUGCUCGGCACUGGCCAGGACUCCCCACAGGCGCCAGCAUGGACCCACCAGGUUGUGGAGGUGCCGUAACGAUGAGGAGAGGAAGCUACGACGAAGCCGCGGCCUCUCAGCGUCCUCAUUUCCAAAAUAUGGCUCAAAGACGGCGCUCUGCCCCAUCGCUGGUUUUGGGGAAGGCUUUGGGGAUACCGUGGUCUCCGAUCAGGGAGGAGAGCUCCUGCCGGGUGUCAGUGGAGCAGAGCCCUUUCGUCCACGGCCUCACCGGGGAGAACGGAGAGCUGCUGCUGGACGGGUGUGUGCAGGUCACCCAGGGCACAAAAAGCAGGGCGAGACAUCUCUUCCUCUUCACCGACCUUGUGGUCGUUGCCAAGCUCAGGUCCUGCAGCUACCGCGUGAAGCACAGGAUCUACCUGGAGGACGUCUCAGUUCACAGCUUGGAGGACGGAGCGGAGCACGAGGCGGGGACGGCGCCGGACGCGGACCCGAGAAGGACUCUCGCCUUUGCUUGGGGUGUCACCUUUUGUUUGGUGUGUUUUAGCUCUCCUGAGGUGAAGGAGCGCUGGUUCGAUACCCUGCACAGCAAAAUUGAAGAGUCAAGGGCAAGAGCUGCUUGUGUGUCUUCUCAGCCUGACGUCCUCAUGAAGGUGUUAGGAAGCACCAAUGCAACUAAAACUCUCCUACAUGGCAGCAUGGAACAAGUAAUUGACCUUCCGCAUGAGGGCGAUGCAAACAGUCAAGUUGUGUCCAAGCUGUUGAACAACCCGGAGGAUAAGCUGACGCAGCCACACGAAUCCAAGUGGAGCUUGGUGAGGACGCUGAAGAAAGGCUCCAGCUUCAUCAGCAGAGCGACUCGACCAGACGCCUGCGCCAGGACUCACAUUUUUGGACAGUCCCUCGGCCAAGUGUGCCCGGAUGACUGCUCGCUUCCCAAACCCAUCGCAGACUUGCUGCUGUUGCUGAGGAAGAGGGGGCCGUCCACAGAGGGAGUGUUCCGGAAGCCGUGCAACAACAAGAACAUGAAGGACAUCAGGGACAGGCUGAACGCUGGCCUGGAGGUGGACCUGGAGGCUCAGCCUGUGGUUCUGCUGGUGGGACUACUCAAAAGUUUUUUGAAAGAACUUCCUGGCAGCCUGCUGGUGUCCGAGCUCUACGAGGAGUGGAUGGUUGCUCUGCGGCACGUCGACGUCCAACAGAGAAGACUGGCGCUUCGCAGGGUGGUGGACAAGCUGCCGCCGCCGAACCGACUCCUCUUGCAGCGCCUGGCCUGCGUCUUCCAUCAUGUCCUGGAGAGCGCCCAGGUCAACAAGAUGGACGCCUACAACCUGGCGGUGUGCACCGCCCCCACGCUGCUGCGGCUGGAGGUCACGCCGCUCCACCAGCAGAAGGAGAUGACGUUGAAGGUGACGGAGCUGACCCAGUUCCUGAUGGAGCACAGCGAGAUCCUGGGAGACGACAUCCCUAAUCUCCUGGACGCCGACGAAGACUCCGUGUCCUCCCAGCUGCACGACUCGGCGUACGACAGCACCGACCCCGAAGGAGACGGCGAGGCCGGGAGGAGCGGCUCGUCUCCCUCGCUCAGUCUCAGCGUGGCGGCGUCGUGUGAAUCCUCCGACGCCGCCUUCAGCCCCGAGCAUCCGUACCGCCGCCGCCGCUCCGAGCCCAUCAUCCUGCCCUCGUCCCACGUGGCCAACCUGUACAGGAGCCAGGAGGACUUCCAGAAGCGGCCUUUAAAAAAGCAAAUCUCCGACGACUCCUUCUGGAGGAGGGGCCGAGGAGGACUCCCUCCUGGUUCCUUUUCCAACAACCAGACCAUGGACUCCUCCAGCUCUUCCCUGGAGAGCGCGGCCUCCAACCAGUCCGAGGGCUCCGUCUUCAUCAGCUCGCCGGCGGCGUCUCCGCCUCGACCCAGGAAACCUCCGCGGGUCCCGGACGAGCCCCGACGCUCGCGUUCACUGCGAGCUGCUUGCAAAGUCCUGAUGCGGACCAGGAGCUUAGGGGGCUUCAGCAGGACCAGCCUGAAGGAGGGAAGUAACCCCUCCCCCUGUGAAACACUCAAGGAGGUCUCUCCGGAUGCACCCAAGCCCCGCCCCCUUUCUGCCAUGGAGGUGUUCAGGCAGGUGGACAGCAGGCUGCCCUGCAGGCCGCCGCCCUAUGAGCGGGCCGUGCACAACGCACCCCCUCUACCCCCCCACUACGGAUCCAUGACUGUGCACGACGCCAUCGCCCUGGGGAGAAAGUCCCGCCCCUCCUCCGUCAAUUACGCACACCUGCCCAGCUGCUCCUCCGACCACCAGGACCAGGACCAGGGUCUGGUCUUCCGCCAAAGGGCCAUGUCCGAGUCCGUGUCACGGAGGUGCAGCCAGUCUGCCUUUCAGGACUUUUCCUACGCUAAAGAGUCCUAUGUUUGAUCACGAGAGCAACAACUUUCUAGAAAUCCCCCGAUAAUUUGGCAUUCUCACGUACAUUUUUAAACAUAUAUAUAUUUUACAGUAAAAAAACUAGCAACUCAGUCACCAGAAAUGUACUGUAAAAUAUACAGCUUCUUUUUUAGUUUUGUUUUGUUUUUAAAACAUAUUGCGGUAAAUAGAAAAAACGUACCACUGUUUUGUUUUUUUACAAAAAAAAAAAUAAAAAACAGCAGCUUAGUCGCCAGAAUUUUACUGUAAAAUUUACUGUACUUUUUUUUUUUAAAUACAGUAUAGGCCAAAAGUUUGGACACAUUUUUAAAAUACUGUAAAAACUAUAUAUUUUACAAUAAAAAACUAGCAACUCAGUUACUGUAAAAUAUAAUGUGUGCUUUAUGUUUUUACAACAUAUUGCGAUAAAUAGAAAAAUAGUACCACUGUUUUUUUUUUUACAAAAAAAACAGCAGCUUAGUCGCCAGAAUUUUACUGUAAAACUUACUGUGUUUUUUUUUAUUUUAUUAUAGUACAGGCCAAAUUUUGGACACGUUUUUAACAUACUGUCAAAAUAUUUACAUUUGACAGUAAAAAACUGUCAACUCAGUUAAGGUAAAAUAUACAGUGUUUUUGUUUUUGUUUGACAACAUAUUGCGGUAAAUAGAAAAACAGCACCGUUUGUUUGUUUUUAGAAAAGAAAAAACGGCAACUCAGUCGCAAGAAUUUUACUGUAAUUUUAAUUUUUUUUUACAACAUAUUGCGAUAAAUAGAAAAACCGCACCACUGUUUUUUUUACAAUAAAAAAAACGGCAGCUUACUCAUCAGAAUUUUACUGUUUAUAUUGGGACAUUGAACCCUGAAGCUGAUUCCGGACCAGUACUAUUCAUGUUGAUGUACAUUUUACUGCAGAUGAAUGAAGAUGGCUUAUUGGCCUACUUGACCACGGAUCUGGGUAUGGGUGGAUCUCUAAAGAGACUACAUGGCUGCUGCAAUGUGAGUGUGCUGAUAAUUAUGUCGCAGCAGGACACGGUGCCCUGGUUGCCGCAGUCCUUUCAUUAAUUUUGGGGUCGUGACGUAACGAUGGCGGCCCCACAACAACAGAAGCUGUGUUUCCAGGCUGCAGCCUCUAAAGAGCUGCUUCUCUUCCAGGAACUGUGGGAACUCUGCUCCGUGCCUUUGUCAGCGCUCACUGUGUCCUCGUGCCAGCUCACCUAGUACUUCUUAGACUACUGCAUAUUGUCAGGUUCAAACACUGACGACGUCUAUUAAACGAGACAAGACGCAA